AAUACCUUUGGCUCAGAAUCCCAUCUGAAAACUCAAUCUCCCCUCUGAUCUCUCUUGCUCAUCAGGGAAGGAAAAAAGGAAGAUGAAGAAGAAUUCAGAUUCUUGAACCUUCUCUUCGUCUCCUUCCAAACAAUCCCUCGACGAGAAUUAACCAAUUCCCCCCACUUUCAAGUGUGAAAUAUCCAAUCUCAAAGAGCCAAACAAGGCUCUGAAAUGUAUAUGGUAUUCAAGCUCUUGAUCAUCGGUGGUGAGAUUGUAGAAGAAGAAGGAGAGUGGGAGAAAGAAAGAUAGAAUCUUCCUUUCAGAGAUUCAAUUUUAGGAAAAAAAAAAAAACCCUCAGAUUUGUCAGCUUAAAAAAACCUGCCAAACUCGCAAUAAUAUCUCAUCCCCAAUUUCCCUCGUUUGUUUAUCUGCGGGAUUCAGGCCUCAAGAUCGGGAAAGUAUCCCGAAAAUGACUGCAAUUGAUACUCAAACAUCCCCUGAAGCCAGCAGCUUGAACAUGGCAAAGAUGUCAUCAUCAAGCAGCAGCAGCAGCCCUAAUAGUGAUUUGGAGUUUGCCAAAUGCGAGUGCUGCGGAUUGACUGAGGAAUGUACCGAGGCAUACAUCAAAAGGGUCCGUGAGAGGUUUCAGGGGCGCUGGAUUUGUGGGCUGUGUGCUGAGGCAGUCAAGGACGAGGUGGUCAGAUCCCAGAGGAGAACUGGAGAUGAAGAAGAAGCCCUGAAUUCCCACAUGAGUUUCUGCAAGAAGUUCAGAUCCUUGCGGCCACCCCCCAAUCCAACUCAUGAUCAACUCAUCUCUGCUGUCAAGCAGCUUCUGUUGAGGAGCUUGGAUUCUCCUUCCCCCAAGAAGGAAGCUUUGGUUCGAUCAAGAAGUUGUUUUUCAGCUCUGGAUCGUUGAGAAACUCCAGUACUACUUUAUACAAGUCAAUUAGUCUUGAUUCUCGAUCUUAAAAUAAUUGAGACAAGGUUGCUUCAGUAGUUAUUGAUGAUGCAGAAUAAGUUAGCGGAAGUUCAGGAAUUAGACUAUCAGCAAUUCAGCAUUGGUAGUUUUUCAGUUGUCCGAUAUUAAUGAAUAAUGGCAUGUUUAGUAAUGUUAAUAAUCGUUAGGUGACUGCAGUUCACCUGUCAAAAACUGUUGCAUUGCCUACGUACUUGUUAAAGAUGUGUUCAAACCUUUAUGGAAAUUUCAUUCAAGAUUUUAGUUUUGCAUAGUAA